GCUGCACCGCUGCAGUUGUCAAGGUGUUCUUUCCAGGCACGGGCACCGCAUUUGAUAAGGGAAGCUCGAUUGCGUUGCCGUGACCAACACUCAUACAACCGCACAUUCACCACCAACCUUGUCACUCUAGUCGCUCGAUUCCUUCUAGAGUAGAGAAUACAGACUUCAUUUCUCGUCCGUCAAUUGACACACUCCAUCCCGAAACAUGUUCAGCCUCGACUGGCGGGGGCUUGUGCUCCCCUUCGCCUAUCUGAUUGUCCUGACGGGCACCUUCAUGACCUUUUCCACAAUCUACCGCAAGAGGAAAGCCCAACAAAGCGCAAACCUCGCACCAUGGUUCGGCCCUCACCUCCAGCGCAACGUCUAUCUGUCACUCCUCCACAUGGAGCCCGAGACCGGAUCCGAGAAGGCCCCUAAAGUAUCCGAAAGUGUGCUCCGGGCGGCUCUGCUGCGCCGUGCCGUCGAAGACAUCCACCGCAUUAUCCAGAUUCGUGCCGCCAAGGCCGCCUGCAGCUCUCUUCUACAACGUGGAAGCAUCGGCGAUGACCUGUGGCAAAGGUUCCAGCGCGCCGAGAAGGAGAUGGAGGAAGAGCUUCGUGAUGUUGUUAUGGAGGCCAACGCACUCGCUCCCAACUGGGGACAGAGCAUCUUCCAAACCGCCAACGAGAUUGCCGCCAACACCGUGCUGCGCGAGCGCCUCGACGAGAUCCAGGCUCAGGUGACACAGGAGAAGGAGUGGUGGGAGAAGCGCAGGGCCACCGUCAGAAGCGAGUUCAUGAAGGAACUGGAAGGAGAGGAGACUGGUACUGGUACCCCUGUUGACUCCAGCUCGGUCACCUCAUCGCCGUCGAGGAAGAAGGGCAAGAACUAGAGGUCACGUCCUAGCGAUCGGUGCAUGAGAGUGACGUGAGCAUCUCGCAAAGAGAUCUCCGGGGUGGCUGCACAAUACGGAGAGAGGUACGGGAGGGCAGGGCAGUGUGGGGUGUGUUGGGAAAGCAGUUGCAUUCUUCCAUGGCGUUUAUGGGUUGGGACCUGCAGCAAAAUAUUCGAGGGUAUACUUUUUUUGCUUCUUCAGGUCGUUUGCGGGUCUUGGUCGAGAUACAGUACAACCCACAGCGUCCUCGGUUUGGGAUUAUUACGUAGACUUCAAUACGUAUGUUGAUCAAUACGAGAAUGGAAGCGAACCAGGCCUCAGCUUGGAUAGUUUGAAUGUGGUAUAUUGCAAACUAUUCUACGGUCUAGGUACAAUCUAAUGCUGGUUUGUUUGUUAGCUUGGUACUCCUGGUAUACUGGACGAGAUCUAUCCCGAAUUGUCCUAAACCUCACAAAGAUAAAAUGAACGGCUAGGUACGG